UUCGAACCUGCGGCUGAUUAGUUCAAACAUCUUCCGCAGUGUCGCACGCGAAAAAACAAAAACAACCAACUUUGAUCACUAUUCUAGCCUGUUUCUAGGUGUUAUCAUGGAUGACGACGCAGAAACUUAUAAGCUGUGGAAAAUAAGAAAGACUAUUAUGGCGCUCUGCCAUGAUCGAGGGUACCUUGUGACACAGGAUGAGUUGGAUCAGACUCUGGAUGAAUUUAAGGGUCAGUUUGGAGAUAAACCCAGUGAGAAAAAACCUAGCAGAAGUGAUUUGAUCAUUCUUGUGGCACACAAUGACGAUCCAACAGAUCAGAUGUUUGUGUUCUUCCCGGAGGAGGAGAAGGUUGGAAUAAAGACCAUCAAGACUUACUGUCAGCGUAUGCAAGAAGAGAACAUUUGCAGGGCCAUCAUCAUCGCACAAGUUGGUAUGACACCAUCCGCUAAACAGGCGUUGGUUGACAUGGCGCCCAAGUACAUUCUAGAGCAGUUCCUGGAGUCAGAACUUCUCAUUAACAUCACAGAACACAUGCUUGUUCCCGAGCAUGUGGUGAUGACCCCUGAAGAAAAACAGGAAUUGUUGGACAGAUAUAAACUGAAGGAGUCCCAGCUUCCCAGAAUCCAGCAGGGCGACCCUGUGGCCAGGUACUUCGGAUUGAAACGAGGACAGGUUGUAAAAAUCGUUCGACCCAGUGAGACAGCUGGAAGAUACGUCAGCUACAGAUUGUGUGUCUGAAAAAACUGUGUCUCCGUACAAAUGUACAUGAAAAUGUUAAAUCAGUUAACGAGAAUUGAAACAUCGAAUGAAGUUAACUACAUAUGUGAAAAGUAUACAGUGGAUAACUAUGUUUCAGUGUGUCAUAUCUGGAUAGGAAAUCAUUUUGCCCUUCGAUCAUGUAAUGAUAGUAUCAAUAUUGCUCUGUGGAUCAGGGUUUUAAAACUGCAGCAAAAAUGUUACAAGUGGCAUUUGAACCAUGAUCGUUCAAAGAAGCAAAGCUAUGACUGAUUUGCACUGUAUCGUGUGACAUUCUCAUAAUAUCAUAACUUUAUGUGCUAUUGUAUGUGACAUCUCCAUGGUAUGCAUACAUGUUUGUAUGUUCAUCAGUUCUGUGUUUUGUACAUUGUUUUUAUUGCCAUGUUCAUGAUACUGUGAGUAAAUAUUUUACCAUA